UGUGAGGUGAGGCGCGAGCCGCGACCUUUGAAGGAAAAAAGGAAGUGCUUCAGCGUCGCAGAGCCGGAGAAGCGGGGUAAGAGGGAGCAGUAUGUCCGCGGAAGUCCCCGAGACAGCCUCCGCGGAGGAGCAGAAGGAAAUGGAAGAUAAAGUGACUAGUCCAGAGAAAGCUGAAGAAGCAAAAUUAAAAGCAAGGUAUCCUCAUCUGGGACAAAAGCCUGGAGGUUCAGAUUUUUUAAGGAAACGUUUGCAGAAAGGGCAAAAAUAUUUCGAUUCUGGGGAUUACAACAUGGCUAAAGCAAAAAUGAAGAACAAGCAACUUCCUACUGCAGCUCCGGAUAAGACAGAGGUCACUGGUGACCACAUUCCCACUCCACAGGACCUUCCUCAACGGAAACCAUCCCUUGUUGCCAGCAAGCUGGCUGGCUGAUUAAAAGAGCUGAACUGCAUGAAUCUUCUAAUUCUCUUUAUUUCUCCUUAAUAUGUUACUUCUCUGCUUUUUCUUUCCUUUCGUUCACUAAGUCAUUUGAGAGUGACAGCUUGGCAGGUUGCAGUAGUGUGUGCUGCUAUUGUAAGGGACUAUACAUGUGUAGAAUUUUUGAUUAGCUUAACAGUGCACUGAUGAAAAGAACAUGUUAGAGCAACAUAAAGUAAUCUACUUGAAAAUAAUUGUAUAUAUUACCUAACUCCUAGUGUAGGACUGGUUCCAACAAGUAACAAGCAAGUUUUACAAUUUUAAUGUUUUGGCUUUCUUUAAUUCAUCUUAAUUAUAGCUUUGUAUGUUACUCUUAUUUAAUAUAACCUCUUAUAUUGAUUUCUUCUGUAUUUUCCUUUUGGAUUUUGUAAAACAGAAGUUUAAGACCACAAGUUGGGAGAAAGGUCACAUAUUUUAAACACGAAUAGAUGGGGCUCCAAAAGAUUUGUAUUUCUGUGCUUGAACUUGAAUGGCCUUAAACCUGUUUCAGCUUUAACAAUAGAAUUUUACUUGGGCAAUAUUUGCCCAUUCUGGUGUACCUUAUGUGACUCUAGUGCUUAACAGCUGCCGUUGAAGCUUGUAUUCUUAUUCAGUUCUGUAGUAUUAGAAUACCUUUUGUUGUUGAAGAUGUGAAUGAAGUGUGCAUGUGCCUCGACUGUUGAAUUCACUUUUGUGCCAUUUUUGUAAAUACAGUAGUUUUGCACAACCUCUCACAAAUGUCUGUAUUAAUUUCACAAAUUAAAAAGUAGAUGAUGUGCCAACCAGAAGCACAAGAGUUCCUACACAAAAUUCUGUAUGUCAUUAGAGCUUUUGUAUAGUAAGAGUAGUUUACAAUCUUAGGCUUACAGAAUACCAAACGGAAAUCUUUGUUCAGUCUGCCAGAGACUUAAGCUUUUUCAUUUGUUGCUAAUAUCCAUGACAUUCAGUGGCCUUGUGCAAAUAUGAUAUGUUGCUUAGGCAUAUCUUUUGUCCUAUGCAGAACAUUUUAUUUUGACUUUUAUGAAAAUUGCAAUUCAUGUAAUUUAUAUAAACUUUUUUAAUGUAGAAACUUUUUACUUCCACAGUCAAAUUUUGGGGACACUAGAAUAAAAGGCUUAAAUACUCUGCCUCCUGUGGCCCCUCCCUCUUUUUUUUCUUGCUUCUUUGACUCAAAUCGUGUUGGGCUGUGCUGUUCAGUCUAUUCAGAAGCAUAGGUGUCUAUAUCCUUACUCUUGAAAUUUUCUCUGCUGAAUGCUGUAUUUUAUAACAAUGAUGUUUUCCUUAUAAUUUCUCAGUUGUUAACUACCCUUACUCCUGUAUUAAUACUAAUAUUUGACAAUUGUUUAAAUAAAAGGAACUUUAUAAUGAAACAAAUAGUUGAGAAGACUGGCCCAGGAACCUAUGUCAGGAUGAGCUGAAUUCUGGUAAAUAAUUUGAAGUAAUUAUAAUGAGCUAAGUGAAUUAGGCUUGUGACAAUUAGAGUAAUUUACAUUAUAGGUGGAACAUAUUCAUAUUAAAAUAUUUAGAUAUUUUGCUUCUAUAGAUGUCACUUUAAUAAAAUAUCAAUUUAAUUUUACUUGUGGUUUAUCUAGUUAGUAAGAACUUUAACAGGCUUUAUUGGGACAAAUUUACUGCUCUUUUAGGAGCUCUUCCCAUAAGUUGUAAUGCUGUAGCAUGAUAAUGAGGAUCAGUAGCCUGAAAUGAUAGUAUUUUUCUCUUCAUCUUUGACUUGCACAAGGCCUCCCCUCAUGUGGAUCCAGGCAUUUUUUCUGGAUCUUGGCUACAUUUGUAUACCUGCUUUCCUGUGACCCCAAAUCAUCAUAGAUGGUGCCUUGAGCAUGGCACCUGCACUUAAGGCUGCCUAGCGCUCUGAGGAAAACUUGCUGAUUAUCUUCCUGCCCCACCCACCCCAAAAGGCAGAAAAGCAACAAAAUCAGUAAUGUGCUAAUUUGUCAUUUUAAGGAUCAGUUACAUAUAUAAAUAUAUUUGUAAUGGGAGCAAGUAGGUUAUUCCACAAUAUUGUAUAAUCAUUGUAGAAUCGAUUUAAGAAUUAUAAAGUACUUCAAAGUAGAAUUUCUGUAAUAUCUAGUCUUUUUUUUAGUGAACAUUUGCAAGCUAUCACCAUUAAAUUCAUAGUCUGAGAAGAUUAAUGUGAAAGAUCAGAGACCAUGUUAUUCUUGACCAUGAUAGGACUCCUACUGUGGUUUGCGACAAGUGCUGUAACCUCUGGGUUUUAGUUUGUAAAAUACAAUGCUAAUAUUUAACCUACCUCAAAAUUUGUUGAGGAUCUGUGAAAUACUGAGUAAGUGCCCAAAAUCAAAUAUUAUUGUCUUUUUAUUAAAAGUAAAUUUCCUCAUUAAACCAACCUGCCUUCUGUAAAUUCACAGUACUUAAAAUCUCAGGAUUUUCCAUUAGAAAAGACCUAUCACUAAGGAUUUGUAGGUAUAAUUGCUUAGCCUCCAUUAUUGGUGCUUGGGAUAGAGAGGUUUUACGUUUUUCUAUUUUCUGUUCUGCCUCAAAGCUCAGUUUAUUGAAGACGUAUUUGCAGUCUGUUUUACCAUUGCUUGAAUGAAGAGUUUGACUAGAUGAGCUUCAUCAUCCAUUUCUAUGAUUUCAGAGUUGUGGUUUGAGAAAUGGCUAAUUUUAAUCAUUGUCCCGUUUAUGAUAAAUUAACGUUGGAGUAAAGUGAAGUUGGAGAUAAAAAAUACUUCAUGAAAAUUGGCUCAAGUCUGAAAUAAAUGACCUGUUUGAUGUUCAGUGGCUCCUACUUUGAUAGAACAGUUUUAAGAAACAUUUCAUUUUUAAAGGCUACAUCUGGCUAAAACAAUGACGGUUCUUGGCAUGUUGGGAUAGUAAGGAUUGUUGGAUUGUUUUUAAUGAACUAGAAGGAGCAUGUUUGCAGUCUGUUUACAAGUUACUCAAUAUUCUUGUGCUGUUGACCUAAAAAUGUCUUAAUUGUUCAUCAAGGCAGGCCUGGUAAGGCCUGUACUUGUUAUUACUUCACUUGUUGGAAUUAGUUGCUCUUUUUACUUGAUGUAACAAAAUUAUACCUCUGAAUAUUUAUUGAUACUUUUUAUUAAAUUAGACAUGUAUUCUUUUUCAAUCCAGAUUAGUGAAGUUUUAUCAAAGCCAAAAUGUAAUCUGUACUUAAAUUGUGCUCUAAACUUGGUAUUUGGUUAUCCAGAGGUGAGUAGUCUAUAGGAAGAACACAUCUGAGUGG